AUUAUUUCUGCUAUCAGUUGUAGAUUUUUAGUGUCAGGAAAAUAUAUUGCCUUGCAAAUUUGCGAUGACAAAGACGUUGAAACGAUGCUGGAAAGUUUUAAACAACAACAAGCAAUGUCAGUUCUAGAAUUGUACAUAGAAAAGGAUGUGGCUGGUGGUUCAAUGUUUCAUUCUGCAAAUUCCCUUACAUCAUGUGAAAAUUAUGUAUCUAAUGAUGACACACAACCGCCAACAAAUAUGAGCAAUUUAAAUCUUGACGAAGAUGAUGAUCAUGAUGAUGAUGAUUAUCUUGUGUCUAACUCAUACGUUGAAGAGUCGUUAGACGAAGAUGACAGUGUUGACGGUAUAUCAGAUAUAGACAAUGAAGUCCCCGACAUGAUUCCACCAGUAAGAAUUGUUCACCCAGCAGAAGGUGUACAAGGAAUUCAGAAUUCAUUUUGGAAUGAUGCUUUGCAUUAUAAUAAUAUCAAUUGGAGUCAUCCUGAUGAGGAGGACAUUUGUGGUUUGGAGAUGCCAUCCAGUUUUAAUGUUGGCCAAGAAUUAUAUGUUGGCAUGGAAUUUGAUAGUAAAGAUGCGGUCAAGAAUGCGGUCAAACAAUAUAUUAUGAAGGUGCAUCAAAGUUUCAAAGUGGUUGAAAGCAAAUGGGACAAGUAUGUGGUUUGUUGCGUGAAUAAAUAUGUAGAUUGUCCUUGCCCUUUCUACAUGAGGGCAAUUCUAUCUAAAAAAACUGAUUCAUGGAAAGUCACUUAAUGGGGUGGACCACACACAUGUCUCAAUAUGACCAU